AUGGCCACUUCCAGGGACUCCCAUCUCAGCGACGAACUUGAGAACAUCAAUCUCCCCCAAGAAGCUACUAGAGACUCAAACUCUGAAGAACAUCCCUCCCCUUCCCACCGCCCUCCACCACAUUCUCAACGGGACUCACGCAGAGUCUCUAUCAACUCCCUGGGGUCUAAUGCCUCAAACUCGACCAUCAAAUACAACAAUAACAAUAACAACCAUGAGACAGCCUCACUAGCCUCUGAUCAAAGGACACCAACACAACAGCAACAGGGUGGACCACCCUCUUCUUUUUCAGGCACCCUGAAACGACCCAAGCUUUCCGUACGACACUCGUCUAACGUGCUUAAUGACAACGUUGGUGGCUCAGGCAGUCGUCGUCGUCGUCCAGCACACGGCAAACGCCCAGGAUCAAGUCGGUCCUCCAUCCGCCAACGCAACCGAUCGUCGGAUGAGGACGAGGAUGAGGAGGACGACGAUAACCAGCAGGAUGAUGAUGACAAUCGGUCAAGUCACAGUCGUGCACGCCCACGCAUGUCCCGGAGAUCAACACGCAUCCUGGCCGGUGACGACUAUGACGACCGGUCUGGGCAUGAUCGAGAACAAUAUGACAACCAGUCGGGAGAGGAGGACGAUGGUGAAGGAAGUGAAGCUGAACCUUGGACACUCAAGGAUAGACAGGAGUCCCGCUCCGUCAUCCGAAAAGCCAACUCGGCCCUUCACUCUCAACCUUCCGCCGAUCUAUACCUCUCUGUCGGCAACGUGCUCUGGACCCUUGUCUUUGGCUGGUGGCUCGCCCUUGUCUGCUUCGUCAGCGGCAUCAUUCUCUAUCUGAUCCCUUUCGGAGGAAGUGCAUACGGACGGGUCGUACUCGGACUUUCGUAUUACCUCGUCUGGCCCUUUGGACAAUAUGUCGAGCGCGAAUUGCCACCAGGGAAACUCAGGACCGACCGCAUGUACAGCACCAGCGCAUCGAGCAAUAAUGAUCAUGGAGACGAUGAAUCUCGACCACUCCUCUCGAGAAGCAGCUCAGUUCUGGAACGGGAACGCAAGGUGCCGUUCUAUCGCAAGGUUUGGACCUUUAUCAGAUACCUUCCCAGCACCAUCUACCGCCUUCGCCUGGGAGGAAUCGUCUAUUACACCUUUUACUACCUGUUGAUCGGACCCCUGCAUAUGCUUGUAUCCUGCUUGUGCUGGUUUAUGGUCGUUUCGAUUCCAAUGGGCAAGUUCACCUAUGUUCUCGCCACCCACUUGCACAGGGAUCCGCUGCGACUCAACUUUAAGCGCGGCAGCUCGCUUUCGCUCUCUCCCCAGCGAUCGGAGAUCCUUCUUUGUACUUAUGACGCGAUUGGAUUCCAGUACUACAAGUACACUUAUGACGGCACCAACAUCAUCUUUAUCAACUUGCUGCCCGUCGUCUUCUUCACCAUUCUGGAUGAAUACGUCUUGACAAAGGUUCUCGGCCACGGUACUCUUAUCACAUCGCCUGAGGUUAUCUUUUCCUUGGGACUGGCGUCUGUGAUCCCUCUGUCGUACUUUAUUGGCAUGGCCGUCUCGUCGAUCUCUGCUCAGUCGUCCCUGGGCAUGGGUGCUGUAAUCAAUGCUACCUUCGGAUCUAUCAUUGAGAUCAUCCUGUACUCCGUUGCGCUUACCCAGGGCAAAGGACUCAUCACAGAGGGGGCCCUUAUUGGAAGUUUCUUGGCCGGUACCCUGUUGAUGCCUGGAAUGAGUAUGAUGAGUGGAGCCGUCAAGAAAAAGGAGCAGAAGUUCAACGCCAAGAGUGCAGGUGUCACUGCUACGAUGCUUAUCAUGUCCCUCAUUGGAGUCUUGACGCCAACGCUGUUUUACUCCAUCUACGGUCGCUUUGAGAUUCGCUGCACACCUUGCCCCGAGUCGGUCCCUCUCCCAAUCGAGGCCACUUGCCAACGCUGCUACCACCACCAGCCCAAUCCAACAGACGAUAUCUUUUUCCAGAAGAAUGUCAAGCCGUUGAUGUACUUUUGCUGCAUCAUCUUGCCCUCUGCCUACUUGAUCGGUAUCUGGUUCUCACUCAGAACUCAUGUCAAGCAGAUUUGGCACGAGCCUCAGCAGCCCUCGAUCCGCGACUCGUCCAUCUACAGAAAGCUCCUCCCAACACACAUUGUCCAGCAAUUACUUCAUUAUGGAUCAGGAACCCAAGCGGCAGCUCCUCACCGUACUGAUGCCGAGAUGGGCCGGGCCACUGCUGCUACAGACUAUCAGGCAACCUCCUCUCAGGAAGGCUUGGGUGAAAGACGACCCCCCCAUUCGGCACCUGAAGCAAGCGGUAGCAACACUGUUCCAGCACCAGCGCUCCAUGCUGCGCAAGGAUUGCUUUCGUCGCUUUCGAUGGAACAUGACUCGCUCAAGCAUGAGCAUGACGAGGAGGACGAGGAGGCUCAUGGAGGACAUGAUUCCCCCAAUUGGUCCAAGGCUAAGAGUGCCACAGUGCUACUAUCCUGCACAGUUUUGUAUUCUAUCAUUGCAGAAAUCUUGGUGGACAGUGUGGAUGCGGUGUCGUCCAUUGACGAGAAACUGUUGGGGUUGACGCUGUUUGCGCUUGUCCCUAACGUGACCGAGUUCAUGAACGCGAUCUCGUUUGCGAUGUACGGGAACAUUGCGCUGUCGAUGGAAAUUGGAUCUGCAUACGCGUUGCAGGUGUGUCUGAUCCAGAUCCCGGCGAUGGUUGCGGUCUCUGCCUGGCUGAACUAUGGCAAGGUGCAGAUGUGGAAGUUUACGUUCAACCUGAUCUUCCCGCGGUGGGAUGUGUUCACGAUGUUGUUCUCUGUCUUCUUGUUGACGUACACCUAUAUUGAGGGCAAGAGUAACUACUUUAAGGGCAGCAUUCUCAUCCUGAGCUACUGUGUUCUCAUGGCAGGCUUUUAUUAUGCCCCCGAGUCGCCAGGGAACGGAGACGUGAGCUUCAUGAUUUCCCCAUAG